AUGACGCCGAUGCCCAAAAUGACACCUCUGUCGGGCGCGCUCCGGGCUGCUCCCAAGCUCGUCUGCAUGCCGAUCGUUAUGUCCGUCCUUAUGUCCUUUCGGAUCGCCCCCAUCACCCGCACUCUCCCCCAAAACCUCACUGCCCUGCGCCAGUUUAGCACCUCCCUCAAGUCCAACAUGAAGCCCGUCCAACUCUACACCGCCGGCACGCCCAACGGCCAGAAGGUCUCGAUCAUGCUCGAGGAGAUCAAAGCCCUCAACCCUUCGUUCACCUACGAGACCCAUGCCAUCGACAUGAGCAAGAACGAGCAGAAGGAGGAGUGGUUUUUGAAAAUGAACCCCAACGGCCGAAUUCCAACUCUUCUGGACCCGAACAAUACCGCGACGGAGUCCGAGGGAUUUCCCGUCAUGGAAUCGCUCGCGAUCAUGCUCUACCUCGAGAAGCUCUACGAUGAUCAACAUGCCUUUUCAUGGCCCGACAGCGAUCCCAAAGCACAGAACUAUCGUUCGCAGGUACUCCAGUGGUCCAUUUGGCUUCAGUCUGGCCUUGGACCAAUGCAAGGGCAGGCGAACCACUUCCGAAUGCAAGCUACGGGCGACUCGAAGAACGUAGUCCCUUACGGACUGAAGCGAUACCACGACGAGACGGUAAGGCUCUAUGAGGUGUUGGAGCGCGGACUCGAGGGCCGCGACUACCUGGUGGGCGACGGCAAGGGCAAGUACUCGCUCGCGGAUAUGAUCACCUUCCCCUGGGCGCUGUGGUACCGCUUCGCCGGCAUCCGCAACGACGAAGUGGGCCCCAACGUCAAGGCCUGGAUCGAGCGAAUCAAGCAGCGACCUGCCGUCCAAAAGGGUCUGGCUGUUCCUAAACCCUCGGAACUCCUCAAGAACCUCGAAGACCCCAACUGGAUGCCUCCCAUGCCCGAGCUUUGA